GACUUCACAUAUAGUAAUUAGGGCAAAGGUAACGGGAACGAUUCUCGGUCUAGUAUUGAAUGAACACAUCGAGCUUCUUCAAAAAAGUAUCAAGACUCUCCGUUUUACCCGUGCAGCUUCACAUCCGUUUCUGGAUUAAUAAAGUAUUACUUACUUACUGAGUUGUAAUAAUCAGUCCAGUAAUAAUGGAUAAUCAGAUGUUCGAGUCCACUGCAGAGCGGACAUUUCAGUUUCAGAGCAGCCUCCCUCCUCUACCUGUGCCCGCUCUACAGGACACACUCAACAAAUACCUGCAUGCAGUAAAACCUUUUGCGUCUGAGGAGGAGUUUGGAGCCACAGAGUCCAUUGUGAAACGCUUUGAGGAGGGUAUCGGACAACAGCUGCACCACAAGCUUCUGCAGAGAGCCAAGAGCAGGCGCAACUGGCUCGAGGACUGGUGGCUGGACACAGCCUAUCUAGAGGUGCGCAUCCCCUCUCAGCUGAAUGUUAAUUUUGGGGGACCUACAGCCUAUCUGGAGCACUGCUGGCCUCUAUGUGAGGGAACACAGCUGGAGAGGUCCAGCAUAAAUUUGUGGUUCAUCCUCCAGUACUGGGACCUUAUCCGCACAGAGAGGCUGGCUGUUCAUAAAGCAGGAACGAUACCCUUUGAUAUGGAUCAGUUCCGCAUGCUCUUCUGCACCUGCAAAGUGCCUGGCAUCACUAAAGACACCAUCCUUAACUUCUUCAAAACAGAGAGCGAAGGACCCUGCCCUUCUCACUUGAUAGUGAUGUGUCGUGGGAGGGUGUUCACAUUUGAUGCUCUUUGUGAUGGCCGUAUCCUCACCCCUCCAGAGCUGUUGAGGCACCUCACUCACAUUAAAGAAUGCUGUGAUGGAGAGCCAGAGGGGGACGGAGUGAGCGCUCUCACCACUGAGGAAAGGACCCGCUGGGCAAAGGCUCGGGAGUAUCUGAUCUCCAUUGAUCCUGUGAAUAAGACCAUACUAGAAACCAUUCAGAGUUCUUUAUUUGUGCUGGGACUAGAUGAUGCCAAGCCCUAUGCCACCCCUGAAAACUACACACAGUUGACCCAGCUGGCAUUAACUGGUGACCCCACGAUCCGCUGGGGUGAUAAAUCUUACAAUCUGAUCUGCUUCUCUAAUGGGACCUUCGCUUCUAACUGUGAUCAUGCGCCAUAUGAUGCCAUGGUUUUGGUGUCUAAUGGAUACUACGUAGAUCAACAACUGAGGGCCUGUGGUGGAGUAUGGAAGGGUUCAGAUGUUGUGCGUGAGAUGCCUGUGCCAGAGGAGCUCAUUUUCACCGUGGAUGAACGGGUGAGGAGAGACAUCGCCUUGGCUAAAGAACAGUACAGCAAAAGUUGUAAAGACCUGCAGGUUGUCAGUUACGCCUUUACCUCCUUUGGAAAAGCAGCCAUUAAGAAGAGGAAGCUUCACCCUGACACAUUUGUACAGUUGGCUCUUCAGUUAGCAUAUUACAGGCUACACGGAAAGCCUGGUAGUUGUUAUGAGACGGCCACCACACGCCGUUUCUUCCAUGGCCGCACAGAAACCAUGAGGCCCUGCACUGUGGAGGCCCAGCACUGGUGCAGAACCAUGUUGAACCCUACAGCCACUACUGAAGAGAAAAGACAAGCUUUAAAUGCAGCCUUCAGCAAACACAACAAACUGAUGGGAGAGGCACAGGAUGGAAAAGGCUUUGACAGACACCUCCUGGGCUUGUACCUGAUUGCUAAAGAGGAGGGUCUUCCUGUGCCUGAACUCUACUCAGAUCCACUCUACUCUAAAAGUGGAGGAGGGGGGAGUUUUGUGCUGUCUACUAGUCUAGUGGGCUAUACUACUGUACUGGGAGCAGUUGCACCCAUGGUUCCCCACGGUUAUGGGUUUUUCUACCGCAUCCGUGAUGACAGAAUUGUUGCAUCCUGCACCGCUUGGAAGUCUAGUCCAGAGACAGAUGCCGAAACCUUGUUUCAGAACCUCUGCACCUCUUUCCAUGACAUCAUGCAUGUCACUACUCUGUCCCAACUGUAAAGUAGAGCAUUCUGGGAAGUAUAGUCUAACCUCACUUUCUUUAGUUAUGCCACUGGACAGGAAGCAAAGCUCUGCAGGGCUGAGAUGAUCUCAUGCUUGACUUUCCCUUUAGACUAAUCUAAAUGUAAAGGGUUUUCAUAUGCUUCCUUUUUUCGGUCAUAUUCAGAAUUUAUACUGUAGAGACUUGAAAACAAAUGUGAUCUUUAUUCCAGGAAGUUACUAGACAUUAAGAUGUUGAUUUUCAGAAAUAACCUGGAAUAGUUUUAGUACAGCAGGUGCUUUAAACUCUCACGUGCCUUCAGUUAGUCAUCUCUGAAUUACUUAAAUCAGGAAAUCCUCCUCUGAGGUGCUGCAUGAUUUCUAACUGACCGUUUAUGCUACAUUAGCAAUAUUACUUCCUGUUAAUUGUCGACCUGUGAAACUGUAGAAUGUCACAGGAUGCUUAUGCAAAUCCUUAAAGGGAUAGUUCACCCAAAAAUGAAUAUCCUGUCAUCAUUUACUCACCCUCAAGUUGUUCCCUUUCACCUGUUAAACAGAAAACAAUAUACCGGUAUAUUGAAGAAUGCUGUUAAUCAAAUAGCUGACAUGUAGCCAUAGUUUUUUUUUUUUUUUUUUAUACUAUGGAAGUCACUGGCUACCGUCAACUGUUUGGUGACAGAUGAAAGAAACUCGUACAGGUUUGGAACAACGUGAGGGUAAAUUGAAGAGUAAAUGAUGACAGAAUUUUAAU